GCCAUUACCCAGUAGUCACGGCAGCCGCUUCUGCAUGGAAGGGCAUUCCUCGGGGAAGAAACUGCACCACUCUCCUGUAAGUUUUCCUCAAAGGUGUUUGCUGCACUCUGAUGAGCUUAUUCUUGGACAGGAGGACUAGACCUUCCAUUGAUCAACUUUAUAUAGGGUAUGGCAACCUUCAAGAAGAAUGGUGCAGUUUGUUUUUUGAUGCUCGUGGUGCUUUUUUCGGAGCGGGCGACAUUUGCAAAGCACCAUCCAACUCAGGGGAGUGCCCAGCUUCGCUGCCGCUAUGGCAUGUUUGAUGACCGACAGCGCGGGGCUGAGGACGGAAAGCUGAACUGCCGACCCUGCAGCCGUUGUUUGCCGGGCUACCAAGCAAGUCGGCUCUGCUCUUGGUCCGACGACACCGAGUGCUCCCCCUGUCUACCCGGGUAUUACUCCGCUUCGACCAGCAGCGUGGAUGCCUGCUUGCCUUGCAGAACAUGUGGCCAACACCAGCCCGUGCUCCAUGCCUGUAACGCCUCGGCGGAUACCAUCUGUAGUCGGCACUGCUCGGCAGGGUAUUUCUACAGUCCCUUGGAUGACGACUGUCUUCCUUGCUCACCAUGUCAAAAUCAUCCGCUGUACCAGGAACGCAUGGAGGAAUGUAUAGCGUCGGGGAUGGGUACCGACAUGCAGUGCUGGCCGCUACCCACCCUGAUCAUGGGAAGCCAGGAGUCACAGUCUGACACGAUUGGGGAGUCAGAUAACAAGUCUCCAAGCACGACCGUCGCCUCUCAGAGUGACUACCACAAACGCCCAGCAGCAUCAUCCCCACGUCCGAGGAAACUCUGCAAGGACGAUUCUGAUCUGGACCGGGACACGAGGCAGGUUUACGUCGUGGUCCUCCUGGUAGUACUAGUGGUGGGGGGAUUGUGCGCUGUGCUCUCCGUCACAAUAAUCAUCUGCCUGUGUCGAUUCACGAAAAUGGUCAGCCGAUCGCCUAAGCGAACCGGCAAAAGCGGUUAUGAAAACAUAUCGAGAAAGACUUCCGAAUUACUCGUGAGACAGCCUACAUACGUAUAAAUUGGUUUGUAUAUGUUGGUAUAAGUAGGCCUAUUAGUUAUUUGCAGACUUUUAAUCUCGCUGGAAGGGUACGCAGAACCGGUAGGGCAUGGUAGGCCUAUGCACCGGUAGGUAGUGUGGAAGCCUACGUUUUGCACGGCAGUGUACGUCAUUUGACCAAGACUAAAAUGACAGCUAAACUUCACUUAGGCAUACUUAAAUGAAAUAAUUAUCCCAUACGAAAAAUCAGGACAUCCUAUGUAUCCGUGCUGCAUGUGGUAUUUUAGUGUCCAAUUCAAGGUGUACGGACUUGGACCAUUGUGCAAGUUUCGAUGCUCACAGCUGUUGGAAAAACCUGGAGACAUGUACGACAUCAAGUCUUCAUGAGUUGAAGGACCAUGAUUUCCAAACGAUAUCAACUUUUUCACCACCUUCCGACAUAAAGUACUGAAAAGCUAUAUCGCUGAAUGGUAAAGUCUCCUCGACAAACCUUUCCAACCUGAGUAAAUCGAAACAUACGGACAGGUGUGUCCAUAAAUUGUGACCGUACUAAAUUUAUAGAAAAGCUGUCUAUUUUCAGAUCUAUGGAAUAAAAAAGGACAACUGCUAGGCUGUAUGAUAUUCUCGCUUGUCUUUGAAAUUCUGUAACCCUUUGCAUAUAAUCUCCAGCAUGUUAUCCAGGCAACAACUGAAAUAUGGAUUUCUAAGUACCUUUGGUGCAUGUAUACAAAAGUAGGCCCAAAACAGUAACACACAGAAAAACCCAUAAACUAUUUUUUUAAAAGAAGGUAGCUUAAGCUAUCCACAUUUACCCUCCACCCUAUUCAAAGCAAUAUAGCUACAUAACUACUGUCUCCAGCAUAGGCCUACUGUCAUGCAGUGUAUAAAGCCGCAGUUUGAGGGUGCACAAAAUUUAAGGUAACGGGUAUUUCAUACAGUUUUGAUGUGGUGAAGAUUAAGUGCAAAUUUUAAAGGAAGUCUUAAAUCAUUUUAAUUGUCAAUAGCUAGAAAGCAAAGAGUUUAAGCUAUCGUUUCCCGAACUAGUGACAUCACUCAAGAAAGACUAUUCCUAAAUUUGCUCAAUGCAGGUCCUCAAAACUCCAUCCCCUGGCCGUGAGAUGGUCCGAAGUAACCGGUUCUUUUAGAAAUAGUAAUUGGGUUCUAGUUGGUUGCAGAUAUCUUUUCCGAAUGCAGCAUCGUUACGUCCCAAAACACCAUGUUACAGAACUUAUACGAAGAAACGAACUUCAAGUAAACUAAUGUAGAAUCUCUCUCAGAAAAUACAGUGUAGUGUGUAUCCAUGCCAGGUCACUGCUCCCACUAAUUUACAACCAUUAUCUGUACAGAUGAAAGCACAGGUGCCAAUCAACACAAGUAGGCCUAGUAUGGUUUAGGCUGUGGGGCGCGACUAGUCUAUGAUAUCAAUAUGUACAAGGCCAAAUCCAGACCCAAAUGGGGGGGGGGCAAACAGUAAGCCGCGUCCCCAGUGCGCUUUUACAUUAACUGAUCGUACGCACCGAUAACAAUUAAGCAGCUGCUCAGACACAAUCUCCUGAACAAAAAAAUGGCUCUGUCCACACAAAACAAACUCCAAGUAAGAUACUGAUUAUCUUUACUCUGAUUGAUUUAAAACAAAAAAACAUUAUUUUUAUACCGGGGGGGCAUGGCCCUGUUCCCCCCCCCAAGAUCCGCCCUUUGAAUAUGAAUUGUUUGAAUGAUUGUUUUGGGCCGACGUGAAUACAGUAUUCAAAAGCUAGGUACAUGAAAUAACAAAAUACGCAUUAUUACACCCGCAUAUAUAAACAUUUUGUAAUUGGUAGAACGACCAUUUAACCGGAGCUCCUUACUUUUUUUAAAAAAUGAUUAUUUAUAGUGAAAAUUAUUUAGAGCCAACUUUAUUAUCGGUUUGUUAAACUCUGUCUUACUUUUGAAUGCAUGUGCACUUUGUGUAAAAAUCAUAUACAUGUACCUGCACUCAUAUCGUACAUUUAUGUAAAAUGUAAUAAAGUCGUACGGGUAGGGUUUUGUAGAAA